GUCAUGACGUCAUAGACUAUGGCGGAAUGUAGCCAAGUUGACAGCAGCAAGGCGAGUCGUCAUACGAUGGAUAAAAGCAUCACUCUCCCUCCAGACGAAAUAUUCCGCAAUCUGGAGAACGCAAAGCGGUUCGCCAUUGACAUAGGAGGAUCUCUGACAAAGCUGGCCUAUUAUUCCACUGUACAGCACAAAGUGGCCAAAGUUCGAUCCUUCGACCACUCUGCGAAGGAGGCAGCCAGUGACAAACUCUAUGAGAUAUCUGUGCAAGAGGAAGUGACCGCGCGCCUGCACUUCAUCAAGUUUGAGAAUGCGUACAUUGAAACGUGCUUGGACUUCAUCAAAGACCACCUGGUCAAUACGGAAACCAAAGUUAUUAAGGCCACAGGUGGUGGGGCACAUAAGUUCAAAGAACUCCUGGAAAGGAAACUGGGACUCAGAGUGGACAAGGAGGAUGAGAUGACGUGCCUCAUCAAGGGCUGUAACUUUGUGCUGAGGAACAUUCCUCAUGAGGCCUUCGUCUACGCCAAACACGCCGAUUCCGAGUUCCGCUUUCAGACGACUCACCCGGACAUCUUUCCUUACCUGCUCGUCAACAUCGGCUCUGGGGUGUCCAUCGUCAAGGUGGAAUCAGAGGACAAAUUUGAGCGUAUUGGAGGAAGCUCAAUUGGCGGAGGGACAUUCUGGGGCCUUGGGGCUUUGCUCACCAAAACGAAGAGAUUUGACGAGCUUCUGCAGUUGGCCUCCAAGGGGCAGCACACCAGUGUUGACAUGCUUGUCAAAGACAUUUACGGAGGAUCCUAUGGAUCUUUGGGUCUCACCGGGGAUCUGAUUGCAAGCAGCUUUGGAAAGUCUGCCACUGCUGACAAAGAGUUCUCCAAAGAAGACAUGGCCAAGAGUUUACUCCACAUGAUCAGCAACGACAUCGGGCAGCUGGCCUGCCUGUACGCCAAACUCCACAACCUGUCGCGAGUUUACUUUGGCGGUUUCUUCAUCAGAGGACAUCCUGUCACCAUGCACACCAUCACCUACAGCAUCAACUUCUUCACCAAGGGGGAAGUUCAGGCCUUGUUUUUGAGACACGAAGGCUAUCUGGGCGCCAUCGGAGCGUUUCUCAAAGGAGCAGAAGAAGACAAUCCAAACCAGUACAGCUGGGGAGAGAAUUACGCAGGAAGCUCAGGCCUGAUGAGUAUAUCCCCCGAUAUGAAUCCCAUGCAACGUGCGCGUAGCGGAACGUUUGACAUGCUGGAGAUGGACCGACUAGAGAGGCAGCUGGUGAAUCUAUCUUUACUACAGGAUCCCUCGUCUUACAUCCCUGACACGGUGGACCUCACAGAAGACGCCCUCGCCCGCGAAUAUUGGCUCGACUGCUUUGAGGAGGCGCUAGACGGGGUGGUGAAGAGGGCAGUAGCAAGUCAACCCGACAUGCCCGAGUCGGUGGAGCGAGCCGAGAAGUUCCGUCAAAAGUACAGACAUAAGCUUCAGACCCUGCGCCACCAGCCCUUUGCUUACGGAUCCCUCACUGUCAGAAGUCUGUUAGACACGAGGGAACACUGUUUAAACGAGUUCAACUUUCCUGAUCCCUACUCAAAGAUUAAGCAGAGGGAGAACGAUGUAGCUCUCAAGUUCUACCAGAAGGCCGUGCGGACUCUGGAGGCACUCAGCUGGGAGGAGCGACAGUUUGCGCUGGUCAGGGGCGUCCUGGCUGGGAAUGUCUUCGACUGGGGAGCCAAGGCCGUGUCUGACCUUCUCAUAUGCAGCGUCCUGGAAUCAGACCCAGAGUUUGGCUUUGAGGAAGCCAAGAGGCAACUGGAAGAAAGACCCUGGCUUGUGGAUUCGUAUGACCAGUGGUUCCACAGACUUAAGGGGCGUCCUCACAAGUGUGCCUUGUUUUUCGUAGAUAAUAGUGGAGUAGACAUCAUUCUAGGAGUGAUGCCUUUUGUCAGGGAGCUUCUCUCUCGGGGAACGGAGGUUGUCCUGGCCAGCAAUUCGGGUCCAGCGCUAAAUGACGUCACUAACGGAGAACUGCAGAUUCUGACUGAGAGAAUUGCCGCCAUGGAUCCAGUCAUCCAGGCCGGGCUGAAGGAGGACAGGCUGACUUUGAUUCAGAGUGGAUCCAGUUCUCCCUGCUUGGACCUGAGCCGUUUGGACAAAGUUCUGGCCAUGGUGGUACGGGAGCGGAACACGGACCUUGUGAUUAUCGAAGGAAUGGGCCGAGCCAUCCACACCAACUACUACGCCACACUUAGCUGCGAGAGCCUCAAAAUGGCCGUCAUCAAGAACUCCUGGCUGGCUGACCGUCUCGGAGGGAAGCUGUUCAGCGUCGUCUUCAAGUAUGAGGUGCCUGCAGGGACGGGCGGUCUGACGGAGGCUGCUGCGCCGCCAUCGCCGUGAGAACAACAAGGCUUUUGGACUGAAACGCGGGGAAGAGGCGAACAAAAUGAAUGUAAAGGACGAUGAGUGAAUGUUUUAAAGGCAAUCAAGCACAGGGAAGUAUUACUUUUAUUUUAUAACAAAAUGUAUUUUUUUUUUUGGUGUGAUCUAAUUUCAUAAAGAUGAUUUACUUCU